AUGGUGCUCCGCGCGUGGCCCGGAGCAGGAAGGGGGGCUGGCGGCAUAGGAUCACAUCAUGCGCGGUGUGGUUGCGGCUCUGAUUGGCGUGCGAGCUCCAGCAGCUGUGUUUUCGGGGCGCUGCGCCGUGCGAGCCGAGUCGCGUCGCAGUUGACAGCAACGGCUCCCCUGGGCGAGGGCGCAGGGCGGGAGAGGUACACGUCCGCGAGCCUGACGAUCACGAACCGAGGCAACGAGUUCGUGGCGCUGAAGGUCGUGCCCAACAGUCUGGAGAGAUACGUCGUGGAGCCAACUGCGACGCUGGCGGGGCCUCGCGAGACAUUUCAGAUCCAGGUCUCACUCCUCGCAAGGGGCGCCGCCAAGAUGAUUGGCAGCGACUGCGGCGACCACCUGAUCGUGAAAAGCACCCCGUGCCGCGAGGACGCGAACCCGCGACUGGAGGCCACGUACGUCAACUCCCUGCGCCCCGUGCUCGAGACGGAGGUCCGCAUCAAGAUCGCCGACCCCCCCGGAACAUCCACGCCUGUCAAGAGCAGCGAGCCUCCCGGUCGCCGCGUCGGCUUCCACGAGCUGGAGCCGCCUCGUAGCAAAGCCCUGGCAGAUGCACCUCUGAUGCCGCCGCCGUCGCCGACAUGCGCGGAGCAGGGGGUGCUGCAGCCCCUGAGGCCCGUCGAGCUCGAGGAGCCCGACGAGCAGCACCGCGCCGCUCCGUUCGCGGAUGCCGCCCACGCCAGUCAGACACAGCGACCGCCAACACCGCUCGCGGCGCUUGCGGCGACGUGGGUGUACAGCACGAUCAGCGCCGACGUGAGCGACGAGCCCCACGGAGACGAGGAGCGUCCGCACGAGUCCGACUCGGCUGCCGACGCCCUUGCCGCGAUCGCGGACGACCCGCAUUGGUUGCGUGCGCCCGACGCUGUCAAUGACCCGGAUCCUACUGCGCCGCGCACCGCCGGCCGGAUCCUCCAUUCGCUCGCGCCGCGCGCCCGCGUCUCGGCGUUUCCGCACGGCCCUUCGCCCUCCCCGACGGAGCCGGUCAUGGGGGCGAACGAAGCAUCGGACGCGCACAGCAAGGUUGACCUCUCGUCCGUCGCGCACAAGAUGGCGAGCACGUCCGAGCACGGCACACGCGACGUCGGCACGCUGAUGGAGGGCAGCGAGCCGCCCUCGGCCGCCACGUCCUUCCUCCCGCCGGCGAAGUGCGAGACAGGGACCCAGUGCUACACGUCUGAGGAGGAGUACGUUGCCGGCUCGAAUCCGACGACGGCUCGCAGCUCCGCGUCGGACUCGGCGCUCAACGCGUGGCUGUCGCUGUUUCGAGGCAACGGCGGCGGCGAGCGCGCUGGGCACGGUCGGAGCGUGGUGCUGGCGGACUGUGGCAGUGACGAGAAAUCGCAAGAUGGGGGCUCUGCGUGCCGCACCGUGCGCACCACCAGGACGGAGGACGUGGUGCGGCGUUCCGUGGCCGGCGUGCAAUGCGAGCGGGCGCGGGCGAGCACUGCGGCGCAGGCAGUGGUGCAUGCGCGGGCCGCCGGCGUCCAGUGCGCCGCUGCAACGCGAGCCUGCGGCGUGCAGCACGCCGCGGCGCAGCGCACGGUCUCGGUGCAGUGCGACGUUGCGCCUGUCGCGGCGCAGGCAGUGCGUGAGUCGGGCCCUGAGUCAAGGGGCACGAAGCAGCGAGGGGACGCCGCGGAGCUCGCGGGCUUGCGCGCCGUCGUGGUGCUGAUCCUGGCACUCGUCGUGGCCGUCCUGUGCUCGGUCGUCGUCGCGCACUGGACCGCGGUUGACGUCGCCUCGGCCGCAGUAUACCGCGCCAUGCAACGCGCUGCAGUGGCCGGCGACCAGGACCACGUCCGUGCCGGCAGCGGUGCGGGACGGAUCUGGAGCCUCGCGCAGCAGGCAAUUCUACGCCAGGGACGCACGUGA